AUGGCCACUAAUAAAGAUAUUGACCUUCAUGAAGAGAACGGGUCUGUUUUGGUCGCAACGGCGAUCACUCUCUUGACACUAAGCUGGUUCUCUGUCGGGCUGCGCACCUAUACAAGAGCUGUCUUGAUGAAAAGCUUGCAGCUCGACGACUGGCUCAUGCUCGUUGCUCAGAUCAUCUUCACAAUAUCAUGUGCUUUCAUCCUUGAAGGCGUCCAGCAGGGAAUCGGAAAGCACAAUGACGCCGUCAAACCUGACGAGGCUAAAGUUCAAGCCCUCAUGUGGCAGGCUUUGGCAACAGCGACCUAUAUUUUGGACAUGAUGUUCAUAAAGCUCAGCAUUGGUGUCUUCUUGCUCCGCCUCUGUGUUAAACGAGUCUACGUCUGGAUUAUCUGGAUCAGUCUAGCUAUUAUCAGCAUCUGGAGUAUAGUUCUCUUUUUCUGGAACUUAUUCCAAUGCAAACCAGUUGAGAUGCAGUGGGACUUCAGGAUCAAAGAUGGUACUUGUGUGAGUGCAGACCAGAUCGUCUCAGCGGCCUAUGCUAUAAGUGUUAUGACGGUUGUUUCUGACUGGCUCUAUGCCCUUCUACCAAUACCAAUGCUGUGGUCGGUCAAGAUGACCAAGCAAGCAAAGGCAACUGUCAUUGCAAUUUUGGGGCUAGGUAUAUUUGCCAGUGUCGCGACCCUUGUACGCCUACGAUUCCUUGCCGACCUUACCGACACGGAAGACAUUCUAUUUGCUGGAACCGAGGCCAUGGUUUGGACACUGAUAGAACCAGGUGUCGCUAUUGUUGCAUCAAGUCUAGCUACCAUCCGACCACUUCUUCGUGCUAUGAGGAUUAGAGGCUUCGAAUCGACCGAAAACACUUAUGGCACAGGCCACUCUGCUGCUGUCAGAUCCAACGCAAACCGUUCCAAACCCGGAAUCUUGGUUAUGCCAGGCUUUGGCCCUGACGAUGUCUCACUAACCAACAUGGUAUCACAAAACAACACGAACACCCUACCACACCCGAACAAUAUCGAAAUCUUACCUCCUCGACACGUGGCCGACGGCCCUAUUUCGCCUGGUCAAGCAAGCAUCGUUAAAAGCGAGAUCCUGGUGAUACAAGGCAACAGCUCGCCCCCAUCGUCCUGGCAAAGUCGAAAUCGCUCCCCUUCCAGCUCUUUCGACCAGAUCCACGACCUCGAAGCACACAGUCAAGAACUCGAACGCGAUAAUAUUAGGGGCAGAGGCAGAUGA